AUGAAACUGGCUGUUCUCGCACUUUACUUUUCGGCCCUAGUAGGUAGUGCAUCAGCCCAGGACUUUAAGUUGUAUGGCUACGCAACUCUGGGUGGAGGAACGACUGGUGGAGCUGGAGGAACAGUCACCAAUGUCACAACUAGAGAUGCGCUCAUUGCGGCUGUUAAGGGAAAUUCUCCCAAAACUGUUUAUGUGUCGGGAAACCUGGGAAGUAGUUCAACGCGUAUCACUGUAGGGAACAAUACGUCUAUUAUUGGCAUUGGGAGCUCAGCAAUUGUUGAAGGAGGAGGAUUCAACAUCAAUAAAGCUUCUAACAUCAUCAUUCGUAACCUUGUCAUUCGCAAGGUCAAGGGAAAUGACGGAAUCACAAUCCAAAAGAGCAACCGUAUAUGGGUUGAUCAUAACGAGUUCUACUCCGAUACUGCACAUGGAUUCGAUUACUACGAUGGACAGGUUGACAUCACACAUGCAGAUGACUACAUUACGGUUUCCUGGAACAAAUUUCAUGAUCAUUACAAGUCGUCUUUAAUCGGAGGUGACCCUGGUGGUGCCGCUGAAGACACUGGGCAUUACAAGAUCACGUAUCAUCACAACUCCUGGAAUAACGUACAUACCCGAACCCCAGCCAUUCGCUUUGGAGCGGUGCACGUUUACAACAACCUAUUAGAAAACGUGGUCUCCCAAGGAAUCCAUACACGCUCGUAUGGGCAGGUGCUCGCCCAGGCAAACGUCUUUAUCAACGUUACAGAGCCGAUUAGUUCAUAUGGAUUCGUUAUCCCAGAUGAUAGUCCAGAUGAUCCUAAAGGAGAUUAUGAACCCGAUGGUUAUGCUAACGAAUCAAAUAACCUUUACAUCAGCUCUGGUCCCAACAACAUUACUCGCACGGGUACUUUUACAACUGUGCCUUACUCAUUCCCCACAGACGCUCCUUCAUCGUUGAAGGCGAUCGUAGAUAAGUAUUCGGGGACGACGGGUGGAGCUGGAGGGGCAGUGGUAAACGUUACCACCAGAGAUGAGCUGCUUGCAGCCGUCAAAGGACAUCUGCCUAAAAUAGUAUAUGUACUGGGAAAUGUUGGUGGUAAUACCACAACGCGCAUGAGUGUAGGAAACAACACAUCCAUUAUUGGUGUCGGAAAGUCAGCUAUUAUCGAGGGAGGAGGAUUCAGCGUCAACAAGGCCUCAAAUGUUAUCAUCCGAAACUUGAUCAUCCGUAAAGUCGUGAACAAUGACGGGAUCACAGUCAUUCAAAGCAACAACGUCUGGAUUGACCACAAUGAAUUUUACUCGGAUACUGAGCAUGGGUUCGAUUACUAUGAUGGGCAGGUAGAUAUUACGCGUGGUUCAGAUUAUGUUACUGUGUCUUGGAAUAAGUUUCACGACCACUACAAGUCAUCACUUAUCGGAUCUAGCGAGAAGAAUGGAGAUGAGGAUACUGGUCAUUUCAAGAUUACGUACCAUCAUAAUUCUUGGAACAAUGUCCACACGCGGACUCCAGCACUCCGUUUUGGAACUGUGCACCUUUACAAUAACCUGAUCGAGAAUGUCGUCUCUCAGGGUGUCCAUACACGGUCUUAUGGACAGGUAUUGGUUCAAGCCAACGUCUUCCGCAACGUCAAGGAACCCAUUAGUACUUAUGGAUUUGUUAUUCCCGACGACAGCCCUAUUGAUCCUAGUGGAGACUACGAACCCGAUGGUUUUGCCAACGCAUGGAAUAACCUGUACAUCAACUCGGGUAAAAAUAACAUAACGCAAAUAGGUAACUUUACCAAAGUGCCUUACUCCUUCAAGCCCGACGCGCCUUUCCUAGUGAAGGCUAUCGUGGACAGGUACUCGGGCGUAGGAAAGAUUUGA